AUGGCACACCUUCCAACGCGGUCAUUCCAGGCCUACCAGGUCUUUGCCGCAAACACCAACGUCGGAAAGACGAUCCUCUCCACAGGUCUUGUCCGUGCCGCUGCCGCCCUCUCCGUCGGAGCCGAGAAGCAGAAACGCGCUGCCACCAAGGCCUUUUAUUUGAAGCCUGUCCAAACUGGCUAUCCUGUCGACUGUGACGCUAGACAUGUCAAGACGUACGCGCCACUUGUGGAGACCAGCCGGCUGUACGCUUACCCUGAUCCGGUCAGCCCCCAUAUCGCGACCACCAAUCCUCCACCCGAUUCGGAAGUGCUGCAGGCAACCAUCAACGCGAUUCGCGCGUUUAAGCAGAGUCUUGGACAUGGGGACAAAGGAUGGGCGCUCUUGGAGACUGCUGGAGGCGUGAACAGCCCCAUCAUGUCGGGAGAACUGCAGUCGAAAUUCUAUCGCCCCCUUCGCCUCCCCACCGUUCUCGUCGGAGAUAGCCAUCUUGGCGGUAUCUCGACGACCCUCACCUCCUACGAGUCUCUUCACCAGUACGGAUACGACAUCCCCGCCCUCCUCCUCUUCGACAACAAGUCUAGAAACCAUGAGUUCCUCGAGAGAUACUUGGCCAAGGCCGAGAACCGACCUCUGAUCCAUGUUUUGCCCUCCCCACCCGAGAAGUUGGCCGACCCCAAGGCGGAUGCGGAGCAAUUGCAUGAGUACUACAAGAAGACAGAGAGUUAUUUCAAGGAUGUUGUUCAGGAGUUGGAGAGGAUCCAUGAGAAGAGAUUGGAUCGGUUGGAGGAGUUGGGGGAUAAGGCACGCACGUCGAUUUGGUGGCCUUUUACGCAGCACCAGACUGUCAAAGAUGUUACGGUGAUUGAUUCGGCCUAUGGGGAUAUCAUGACCACCUAUGUCCCACCAACUACCUCGGUCGCGACGACUUCGAAGGAGGAGACUAAGAAGGAAUGGAGGUGGAAAGAGAUGUUUGAUGGAUGUGCCAGUUGGUGGACUCAGGGUCUUGGACACGGAUCGCCUGCAUUAACUCAAUCUGCUGCUUACGCCGCCGGGCGGUACGGACACGUCAUGUUCCCCGAGUGUGCUCACGAGCCCGCUGUCAAGUUGACCGAGACUCUUCUCGAGACUGUUGGUGACGGAUGGGCUUCCAGGGUGUUCUUCUCCGACAACGGAAGUACCGCCAUCGAGGUCGCUCUCAAGAUGGCCUUGAAGGCCAGUCAGGAUCGGUACAUCAACCUCGGAGAAGCCACCGGACGGGUCGAGGUCUUGGGAGUGGACGGAGGAUACCACGGUGACACCAUCGGAGCCAUGAACGCCUGCUCGCCUAAUGUUUAUAACGCCCAAGUCACUUGGUACAAGUCUCAUGGUCAUUGGUUCAGCCCACCCACGGUUGUUUAUAAGGACUCAAAAUUCAAGAUCACGAUCCCUACUGAGAUGACUUCCACCAAGGAGCCUGUCCAGGUUACCAUUGACAACCUGACCUCUGUCUUCACCGAACCUUCCGCAAAAGACCCCCGCCUGGAGAUCUACAGGAACCAUAUCCGCUCGACGUUGGUCCGCCUGACUCGUGACGAGGAGCGAUCAUUUGGCGCGUUGUUGAUGGAACCCGUGUUGAUGGGUGCUGGAGGGAUGGUCUGGGUCGAUCCUGUGUUCCAGAGGACUCUUGUUGAGGAAGUCCGGGCGUUCAAGGGUUUCGGAACUCAGGUGGAGAAGUUCAAGAAUGCGCAUGUUCCUGUGACCAAUCAGUGGAAGGGUUUGCCGGUUGUGUUUGAUGAGGUCUUCAGUGGAUGCUGGCGUCUGGGCCGCAAGUCUGCCGCAGAUAUGCUCCAAGUCAACCCUGAUAUCGCAGCAUACGCAAAAUUGCUGACAGGAGGCUUGGUCACCCUGGCCACAACCCUCACCUCGGACUCGAUCUUCAACAACUUCUUGAGCGAGAACAAGACCGAUGCUCUCCUCCACGGACACUCCUACACCGCUCAUCCAAUCGGAUGCGCAGUCGCCAACACCAGUCUCCAAACCUACCGCCAGAUGGAGUCUCAUGGCGAUGCCGAUAAAGCCCGUCAGGACUGGGGCGCCAUCAACCAUCCUACUAGUGGAAGCAGCUUGGGAGUGUGGAGUCUUUGGGAUCAGCAGGUUGUCGACAAGAUUUCGCGGAUGGAUAUCGUUGAAGGUGUGGUGCCCUUGGGGAGUGUUCUCGCAAUCCAGAUGAGAGAGACGAACGGCCCCUCGGGAUACGCAUCAUUGAUGUCACAGACGGUGCAGCAGAAGAUGAGAGAGACGUCUUCGGUGGAGGAGGGUGAGGGUGCGGAGGUUGCGAUUUUCGGAAGACCGCUGGGCAAUGUUGUGUAUAUGAUUGCGUCGCAGGUUUCAACCAGGGAGCAGCUUGCCAAGGUCGAGAGGAUUCUUUUGAGGACCUUGGAGGGACCUUUGUAG